CCGGCCGCGGCGCGCGGUGCAUUGUGGGGGAGGAGCCUCGGCGCCCGGGCCCCCGGGCUCGGGAGGGAGCUCGGCAGCAGUGGCGGUGGCUCCCCACGCCCGCCCUCCGCCCGCAGGGCCAUGGGGGACCUGGGUCUGGGCCAGGAGUUCCACACGUGGCAUCAGUUCAGCAGCUUCUUCGAUGACUGGUGCGAGAAGCACAAGGUGCUAUUCAUCAUCGCCAGCCUCAAGCCGCUGAUCUCGCUGCGCCAGAACCCGCUGCACUACCAGCCCAGCCUGGCCGCCACCCUGCGGUUCCGCUUCGUCCGCCUCAUCUGCAAGCACAGCGGCACCUACGUGGGCCAGAGCACCGUGCAGCGCAACCGGCUCAGCGAGAAGAUCGACUGCCCGGCCUCCAUCACGCUGCGACUGGGCCCCAAGAAGGACCGUCUGGUGGUGAUUGAGGCCAGCCUGGAGCACAACCACAAGUUGUCAGAGGUGGAGUUUGCUCACUACUUCAAGCGUCACCAGCUCGAGGCCAGCAUGGGGCUGCCCAUCCGCAUUACCAACAGCGUGUCCAAGAGGUUCCUGGCACCCGACCUGAUCUGGAACCUGGAGGACUACAGCAAGGCCAAGGACAAGGGCAUGUGCGAGCUGCUGAGCCAGCUGGACGGCCUCUUCAAGAGCGACCCGGGCGCCAAGGUCAAGCUGGUCUUCCAAGAGGAUGUGGCCGUGCUCAACAGCAUCUUCCUGGCCACGUCGCACAUGCGGGGGCUGGUGCAGCGCUUCCCCCGCUGCCUCUACAUGGACAAGGCGGCCUGCGUCAACAGCGAGUUCGAGCUCUACUCGGUGCUUUGCCAGGACGGCAAUGGGCGGGGCCGCGAGUGCGCCUAUUGUGUGGCCCGCCGGGGCGUGCCCGACCUGGUCAUCUUCAUUGUGGCCUCCCUGGUGCAGAGUGCGCCUGAUAUCAAGCUGAAGGUGAAGUGCCUAACGGUGGGGGCGGGCAUUACGGACGUGGACGCGGUGGAGGAGGUGCUGCCUUGUACCCGUGUGCAGAUCUGCCGUCUGCAGGUGCUGGAGGCACUGUACCGCAAGGCGCGCGAGCUGGCCGUGCCCAAGGAGGACAAGGUGCGCAACCUGCUGCACAACAUGGCCAAUGCCAGCUCGCCCCGCGUCUACAGCCAGUACCUGAGUGACCUGGAGGACGUGGCACCGCUGCCCUUCCUGCAGUACUACCUGGAGCACUGGCACCACAACAAGGGCAUGUGGGCAGAGUGCUGGGCCUUCGAGCGCAACUGCGACUGCCCCUUUCUGGAGCACAUGAGCUUCCACCAGCAGAAGCUGCGCUCGGUACUGAGCCCGCCCCUGGGGCUGGCGGCCUGCGUGCGGGGGCUGCUGGAGCUUCAGGUGCUGCGGGUGGAGAUGGCAGCGCUGAAUGAAGAGCGGGUGUCGGAGCUGUACCGCGCCGUGUGCCCGCCCGACAGCGCUGCGCUCAUCGCCGAGGAGCUUGGCCUGGCCAAACACGCCAACUACCAUGUCAAGGAGGUGCCCGAGGGCUUCCUGCUGGAUGGCGGCAUCUGCUCCUUCCUGGUGAGCCGCGAUCUGGCCGUCUGCUCCUGUUCCAUAUAUGUCUCAAGCCGCCGGCCCUGCCGCCAUCUCUUCGCCACCCGCCUCUGGACUGGGCAGCCCCUCUACGACCCCGGCUUGCUGCAUGCCCCAUUGGGCAGUGAGGGACAGGACACCUAUGGCUGUAUUGAUGAGCUGGAAGGAAACAUAGGCCCACUGCUGGUGAAGCAUUCAGGGCUGCGGUGCAUUGUGGGAAGCGGGGGCUGGGUGCUCUGGUCCCUGCUAUUGCUGCUUGUGGAGCAUCCUGGUGCUGCCGGGCUGCAGGCCCAGGCUCCCCGCGGGAUGGAGGAGGACAAGCUGCAGGAGAAGGAGUUCUUCUCAUGGGAGGAGUUCAGCGCCUUCUUCGACGCCUGGUGCGAGCGCAGGAAGGUCCUGUUCUUUGUCAAGAAUUCGGUGCCGCUCAGCAAGUGCAAGUGGGCAACGGCGCCCCCACAGCCCGAUGUGGUGGAGGCCCUCAAGUACAGCUCCGUGCGCCUGGUCUGCAAGGACUUUCGUGGCUCCAGCAAGCCCGAGCAGGGGGGGCAGCACAAGGGCUGCUGUGCCAGCAUUGUGCUGAAGAUGAGCCCCAAGAAGGACCGGCUUAUCGUCACUGAGUGCCAGCUGGCCCACAACCACGCCCUGUGCCCCAUCGAGUUUGCCUACUACUUCAAGAAGGGCUACCUGAUGGCCAACUCGUGCUUGCCGGUGCGCACCACCAACAAGAUUUCCAAGCAGUUUGUGGGAGGGCCAGACGUGCGGCGCCUGCUCUCCUACUGCAAGAGCCGUGACCAUGGGGUGCUGGACGUGCUGACUGUGCUGGACGGGCUCUUCGCCAGCGACCCCAACGCCAAGGUCAAGCUGGUCUUCAUGGAGGACAAGGUCAUCGUCCAGACCAUCUUCUUCCUGAGCUCGCGCAUGAUGGCGCUGAGCCGGCGCUUCCCACUCAUGCUGUUCUUCGACCGCAUGGUGGGGCUGAACGAGGAGUUUGACCUGUAUUCGGUGCUGUGCGUGGACGGGGCGGGGCGCGGUCGUGAGGUGGCCUACUGCCUCACGCAGCGGGAGACGCCCGACCUGCUGCGCUUCACACUGGCCUCGCUGGUGCAGAGCGUGCCUGAGGUCAAGCUGCAGGUGCGGUGCAUCACGCUGGGCGUGGAGAUCGCCCACCUGGAGGCGGUGAAGGAACUGCUGCCCAAUGCCCGCGUGCAGAUCUGCCGCUCCCAGGUGCUGGAGAUGCUCUUCAGCAAGGCGCAGGAGCUGGGUGCCACCGAAGACGAGCGCAUCUGGCCCCUGCUCUGCCGGCUGGCUGCAGCCAAGUCACCGGCCGCCUACCAGCAGGCGGUGCAGGAGAUGAAGGCCAUUCUCCCCCAGCGCUUCGUGCGCUACUUCCAGCGCCAUUGGCAGCCGCGCAGCGAGAUGUGGGUGCAGUUCUGGGCCUUUGAGACGGCCCGCAACGUCAACGCCUGCGAGCUGCUCAAGCAGCACCAGCGCCGGCUGCUGGCAGCCCUCAGCCCCUCGCCCACUGUGGCUCAGUGCAUGCUGGACCUGCUGGCCAUGCAGGUGGGCAGCGAGGCCCAUGAGCUGGACGAGGGAGAGCUGGCCACGCACUACCGUGCCAUCUGCAAACCGGAGCCGGCUGGCCUGAUCGAGGAAGAGCUGGGCUUUGCACGGCACGGUCGCUACCGCUUCCAGGAGACGGCUGAGGGCUACCUGCUCCACGACGGCCUGUCCAAAUUCGCCAUGGAUCAGGCCCUGACGCGCUGCUCCUGCUCCAUCUACACCUCCAGCCUGCUGCCCUGCCGCCACCUUUUUGCCACGCGACUGCGCACUGGGCUGGCGCUCUUCGACCCUGGCCUGCUGCACAGGAACCAAGCAGCACUGCUGGGCGCAUGCUAGGGCCAUGGGGCAGGGACCCCAGCUGCUCUGGGUGCUUACUGUGUAAGUCAGGGGGCCAGGCACUGGUGCGGGGCCGGAUGCACAUCUGCAGCUCACACAGCAGGGAAAAAGUCAGCCCACUGCCACAAUGGGGGUGCCCCACGAUGACGUCAGGAUGGGUGGGAUACCUGGGUGCUGGUCCUAUUUGACUUGUUUUCACAAAGAAGAGAAAGUGGUCGGUGCUGCUGUCCCAUAGCUCAGAGCACCUGCAGCCCAGGCCGGGUAGAGAUCCCAAGGUGUCUGUGUACUCAUGGUGGGAUGGGCACUGCUGGCCCAUAGCUGAGAGCACCCAGAGUCUGCUGGCACAGGUCGGUGGAUGGAUGCUGUCGUAUGGGGUGUGAUGCUCUGGGGUGUCUGUGCUGGCAGAGGCAGGUGGGUGGAUGAUACCUUGCGGGGUGUGACACUCUGGGGUGUCUGCACAGGCAGAGGUGGGUGAGUGGAUGAUGACAUGCGGGGUGUGAUGCUCUGGAGUGUCUGCGCUGGCAGAGGCAGGCGGGCAGAUGGUGCCAUGUGGGCUGUGACUCUGGACUGUCUGUGCUGACAGUAGAUGUCCCGAUUUUAUAGUCCCGAUAUUUGAGGCAUUUUCUUAUAUAGAAGACUAUUACCCCCCACCCCGUCCUGAUUUUUCACACUUGCUGUCUGGUCACCCUAGCUGACAGUGGUGGGUGGGCAGCUGGUGCCAUGCGGGGUGUGAUGCUCUGGAGUGUCUGUGCUGGCAGGAGCGGAUGGAUGUGGCCAUGUGAGAUGUUACACUCUGAGGUGUCUAUGCUGGCCGAGGCAGGUGAGUGGUGCCAUGCAAGGUGUGAUGCUCUAGGGAUGUCUGUGCUGUCAGAGAUGAGUCUGUGGAUGAUGCGAUGUGACGCUGUCUUUGUACAGAGAAUACACUUUAUUCAAUAAACGUAUAUUUUCCUUUUUGACCCUU